GAGCUGUAAGCUCGGACUCAGGCACCUACCCCACCCUAGAAGGGUUAGGCAUGGUGUCGAUCGCUAUAUGUAAAUUGCUGAAUUAUGUACAUUAAAAUUUGGAAUAUAAAUUCACAAGUAUACUUAAAUUAUGCUAAAGGAUUCCUGGAUAUUACUACACUGCUUCCUAAGUUCGAGAGAUGACGUGAGUGUUAAGAAGAGAUAAUGGAUGUAAACAAUACCAUUAGUUCAAAGUGGCUCCACAAGCCACCAGUCCCCCCCCAAAAAAUGUGGUCGCGAGCUGACUACGUGUGUGAGGGUAAACAGUUUAAUCAUCUGACCAUUGAGGACACUGAGCACGUACUCUGCUUCCUCUAUGCUCCUGUACAUAGUCCGGAGAUCACGUCUGGCCGCAGAGUGCAGCGGGGAUGUAUCACACCCUCCCUUACCGUGGCGCCUGCUGGCCGCUGACUGAGGGAAGUUGCUCCUCCCCCCGGAGCGCGCAUCUCUGCUCCUCCCACUACACACCACUCGCACCAAUCGCCGUCAAAGCCACGCCACUCCAGCACCCCAACAACCAAUCAUAAUGGCACUCGCAACGCAAAUAAUUGAGUGAGCCAGCUAUCAGUUGAUUGUUUGAUUUUUGUAACUAUUCGAUUUGAAAUCCGAUCCAAUAGCAGUUGUAGAGUUGUAGUUUGUAUCUGAGGGAGAGUGUGUGUGUCUUGGUGGUGGCGUGCGGACGUGUACACGACUCGGACUCACUACACACGGACUCACUAUGAGUACAGAGGCCCUUAUGGAGCCCAGCGCUACCCAAGGCGGACGACCUCCCGUGUCGUCGCCGCCACACAAAAGUCCCUCUCCUCCUUCGUCGACUUCGCUGGCGUCUCAUCUAUUGGCGGCCGUGUCACAGGUUCAGAGCCUCACGUCGCAACUCCCUCCUUCAGUGCCCAUACCCACGUCCUCACCUCCUGGUCUAGGAUAUCGCCAUGGCAUGCUUGGAGGAGGUAUGCCCCACCAGUUCCACCUGGGCUCCGAGCCUCCCAUGUCCUCCCUUCUGGCCGGACUUAAAGACUUUCCCCGUCAAGUACCACUCCCCUCCGCCAGUACCUUCGUCAGAAAGUCACGAGUGUAAAAUUGUGGACUAUCGCGGAGCCAAAGUGGCUGCGUUUAUCAUUAAUGGCGACACAAUGUUAUGUUUGCCACAAGCCUUCGAAUUGUUCUUGAAGCACUUAGUGGGAGGGCUUCACACAGUCUACACCAAGCUCAAGCGCUUGUCAAUCGAACCCAUCGUAUGUAACGUUGAUCAGGUGCGCAUCCUGCGAGGCCUAGGAGCCAUCCAGCCCGGAGUCAACAGGUGCAAACUGCUCUCCGUGAAACACUUUGACAUCCUCUACAAGGACUGCACCACCGCCAGAUUGUGCAAAAGCAUCAUGAACCAGAAUACCUAUCAUAUGAUGGAGACCUUCCUGGUCAGCGCAUCCGGGGCCACAACACCUGGACAGCAAAUGACCCAGCAAAUGACUCCACUAAUGCCACAGCAAAUGCCCCAGCAAAUGCCCCUACCAGACGACCUCCACUACGAGUCCCUCCGACCUGACCUCCAUUGCUGCUCCAGGCCCGGCCGUCCGCCUAAGAGAGCUUCCGACUUCAUGACCAUGGCUCCCACCCAAGACACUCUCUUCGACCUCAAGAAGCGACACAUGGAGAACACUGGAUUCCCCAAUGGACACUUACCUGGUGACCCGAGGCUGGAGAAAUCUCCACUACUUGCUAACGGGUACCACGCACCACCACACUUCAACCCUCUGCAGUACAUGGCUCACCACAUGGCAGGUCUUGGCUACCCUCCGCUGCUACCCGGCGGUAUCCCCGGCGGCAUCCCUACAGGAGGACACGUGGGACCACACCCCAUCUCCCCCAGCGAAGCCUCUCCUCUCAAACAUCCACAAAUCACACCUGAGUCUUUGGCCAGAAUGCACGAGGAACGGGUGGACAGAGAACGACAGAUGGCCCUAGACCAACGACGAGGUCUCACGCCCACCAGCAUGCCAGGACCACACCCAAUGCCACCCACCUCCGCCCACGACGACCACCAGCCGCCCAUUUCACCCGUCCUCAACCUCUCCAAGGGAGCCGCUUCGGAAGAGGCUCAGGAGGAGCGGGAAGACGAACGAGACCACGACCUGGCCAGCCAUGACUCCGGCCGAGACCGAGACCUGCACGACGAUGACCGUCGCCACAACCCUCAUGACGACGACCGGCUCUCAGACAUGGACGAUGACGACGACAAGGAGGAGUCUAUGGAUGUGGCAGACGCGUGGACAAGAGCCUCCAAUACCUUAGGGCAGACUCAGCUCACGUCUCCGCCAGCGCCUCCAGGAGCCUUGGCAAGCAUUGGCGGUAACGCACCACUUUCCUCAACGGAGGUUCUACUCAGGAAUAUUCUCGGCCUCCUUCGGGUGGCCGAAGAGAACGCUCGACAUCACGAACGGCAAACACAGUGUGAGAAAGCCGAGUUAAAAAUGGAAGUUCUCCGAGAGCGUGAACUAAGGGAGACGCUUGAGAAGCAGUUACAAGAGGAGCAAAAGAACCGGAUACUGAUGCAGAAACGCUGUGCUAAGCUGAAAAAACUGCGACGUCGCCUUCAAGAACGCCUCGACGUUGAGAUGAAGCGAAGGAGCCGCUACGAAGACCAUAUUCGCUCCAACUCUCCUGACGCUUUAGGAGACAUUAACGGUACGUAUACCAUAAGAAAGGAGAUGGAAGCGAUCGCAGCCGAACUGCAGAAUGAUGACCUUCAGCAGAAUCAACAGCAAGAAGAGCGAGAUGCCGUCGACAGGUUGCUGGCUUCCCCUGCCCUUGCCAACCACCCUGCCAUCACAGCCGCCACUGCCAACACUGCGUGGCGGUAGAGUGACACCUUAUAUUCCUAACCACUUACAGUAUAAUGACCUUCGUGUCAUGCUAGUACCCAUGGCAAGUCUUCACUACAGCACUUGCUAAUUUUAAAAGCACAACCAACGAUUGUUGCAAUUCUCGCAGGGGUUUCAGCUGAUAUCAGGUAACAGCGAGCAAUGAGCUGAAGAAGUGCCUCAUGGAAUAGUUCACAAAGACUUGUGUAUUUAAAUGGAGACGGCAGAAAGAUGUUGUGAGUUGCACUCUUCACAUACAUGUAUCCGAAGGUGUAGUAUGCAGAGGCAUGAAUUUAUAAAUGUAAACAUGUCGCCAAGCAUGUCGAGUGAUAUACACUGACCGUAAAUAACCAAACCCAAGUUAAGAUGCACAGUUCCAGCAGCAGCAGCAGCAGCAGCAGAGGUAGAAAAUGGCCGCUACUCCUUGCACUGAAAGAUGGUUUUCGACGUGUUGAAACAAAGUGCUGUUUUGCUUUCAUUUUAAGGCAUUUGAUACUUAAUCAUGUAUAUAUAUUUUAUAGUAGGAAAGUAGAAGAAAAUGACUAUAACUGUAUCCAUAAGCUAGAUCACAUUAGUGAUCAAAUGGGUGCCAAGAAGUGGAGGGUUUGUGUGAAAUAACUGACGUGAAUGGUGCUGAUGUCACCUCUGUGCUGUCGUGACUGAUACAGCUGAUGUUAUCACAAGGGAAUCUCUGCUUAGCUAGUGAGGAGAUGAAAAAUACACAAAAACAAUCGCUCAGGGUGAGGAGGUGAAAACAAAGAAAAAGCGUCUUACAGUGUAAACACAAAUGAUCUCACCAGUGACCGUGUUAGUAUUUUAACCCGCCUAGCACCACCUUUAUUCGUACUUUACCGUAAGUUGCGUAUAUCUCAAGGACCUGUGCCACUCACUAGCGUAACGCUCAUACGUAAUUGACGACCUGACGUUGGAGCAGCAACAUCACUGAAUAUUUAGUGUUAGGUCGGCGUAUGCCGCGAAGCGCUGGGAGAUGAGGACCCUUUUCUGUAACAGCAAAAAAAAAAAAAAAAUCAUAUAAGCGCAGAGGUUAGUGUAUUGCGCAAGAGUGGUAAUAAUGUAAGGAUGGCGGCGGAUGGGCGAUACCUCAGAUUAGAAGAGGGCAGCCGUGGGCGGCCUCCCUACUUCACGCCCCUGCACCGCCCCAUAGUCUUCCCGCUAUAAUGUGUCGUCAAUAAAAGUCUGGUCUAUGGAAACUAGAUCUGCCCAGGGAAUUUCAAACUUCACAAACACGAUUUUUAUACUAUUUAAAUUGUAUUUAUUGUAUAUAUAUAUAAAUAUAGAUGAUUGUAGUUACGGGCAUGUGGAGUGCCUGGAAAAAUAUUCUCAGUGUAGUUAAUGUAAUUCUGAAAGUAUUCGUCAGUAAUGAAGGUCGAAUUUUUUAUUUAUAUCAGGGUUGAGCCAGCUUUCUCUCAAAAGGAAUCGGUCAAAACAUGACUGUCGACCUUUAUCCUUACCUGCGUGAGUGUACAUGUGAGCGGUGCAUCCAGGUAUUAUAGUCGUUCCUUCAAGCUGAACCUUCCUGUACACUCUGCUAAACUCGACUGUCAUCGGUUUUCCAGAGUUCCCUGAAGGUCAUCAGUUUACAACUAGGUUUAAUUGCCAACUAACAUAUCAAGAAAAAUUAUCACAGUUGUCUGCACAACCGGAUGCCUAGGCAAAGCAAUAUAACGUUAUGUCAGACACUGCAGCUCGCUGGACUCGUAAGAUUGCUACUGAUGCCGGUACAUGUGCCAUGCUGCGACAUAGCGAAUACUACAGACACUUUUUAAAUUAUAGCUCUAUAUCUAGGCAUUUGUAUGAUUUGUAUAUAUGAAAACAUAGUUAAGGGCAUUAAUCCAAUACUAGAUCUAGGCUCAGUAGUCAUUACACUAGAUUGUAAGUAAUCUGCUUAAGCAACUGGCAUCACCCAUUAUCUAGUGCCAAUGACAACAUGCUUUGGUAGUACCUACGAUAGAACAUUCAUGUACAUGUAGUACCUCUUAGAGCAGGAGUCUCAGUAGGUAGGGAUGCUACCCACUCACUUGGGACGACUUCGUUCCCUUAACCUGAUCCAGUCUACCCUAUCUACCGAGGCCCCGGCAUACGCCACCACCUGGCUACAGGCAGCAAUAGUACACGUGAAACUGAAUCCAGACGUGGAUUAGAAAUCCUAGUGAAAGUAUUCGUGGAUUUGGAAACCUAGUGAAUCCAAACGUGUAUCUGUAAUCCUACUGACUCCAUUCGUGGAUUUGAAAUUCUACUAGAUCCAGACGUGGAUUUGUAAUCCUACCGAAUCCAGAUGUAGAUUAGGAUUUCUGCUGAAUCUGAUGGAGUUACAGUUAAGCUACAAGCUGGAAAUGGAGCAAGACGACGUUUCGACCCGUCAUAGUCCAUCAUGUUGUGAGUCUUUGUGUUCUUCAUGACUGAGUAAUACUAUAAAGAAGAAGCCAGGAAAUCCUCGUGGUUAACAGAGGGUCGUUUAGCCUCAAUCUGAAAUGCCCAGGAUGGUAUUAUAUCAGCCUGGGACAUAGGAUAUGCAUAAGUGGAUCCGAAAAGCCCACUGCCGACAUUAUUGAAGAAAAGACACAUGUUGCAGAACAAGAUGACACUGAGAUAAUGUUUCGUUCCACUAAAGCUUUAUCAAGUCUUCACGAAGUUGUAAUAGCGCAAAAAAUGGCUUGGUAAAGCUUUAAGAAAGCGAAACGUUGUUCCAAUAACAGCUUUAUCUGCCUCAAGUCUUUUCUACAAUGCGAACUGGUGGGCAGCUGAAGACGGUGACACAUACCAGAGAACUAUACCCUCAACCUCCUUGACCAAGCCUCAACCAUUACAGCAUCUGGUGUUCAUGCCUUGUACUGUAACAAGAGUAAUAUUGUUGUAUCCAAUAAUUAAAAAAUUGAGUGUUUCUCUAAUUUUUAUGUUGUUUCACUAAAUAAAGCAAUCAAUUGCCUCGUGUGU